AUGCCUUUGGAUCCUGAACAAUGGUUUCAUCUGCGAUCAAUGGAAAGUGAUAUAGAGUUAAAGUUCUUGCAGUUUGGGAUGGCCAUGGCCCGGUCCCUAAAGUCAAUUGCGGAUGAAGGCUGGGAGAAGGUCAAAGGGGCUUCCAAGUUUGCGGGCCACCUUGAGACCCUUAUACUCGUGAGAGCAGUAGAUAUCGCAGCUGGUUUUCUUCGCCUGCCUACAAGGUCUUACUAUCCAAGCUUCCAGAAGUCAAUAAGUCUUGACGAGCAUCAAAUGGGGUUUUUACGGCGACUAGAAUCAUGGCCUCAGAAACUAGCCGAAAUUCAGACUUCCCUUUGCAUGUAUAAGGAACAUGCAUCGACGCCACUUCCUCCCUUGGCCCUGGGGGCCUCCUUUAUGCAGGAGAUCUUGCACGGCGAUGUUUGUCUUCUUGCACAUCAUUGGAAGCACGAGUCAGCCAAAAAUUGGCUGAAGGUACUGUCUGUGUUGGACGGAGUGGCUUUUCACAUCCGGUUACUUUGUUAUCACAGUGGAGUUGAGCAAACGACACGUUGGCAAAGGUUUAUCAAUGAGAAUUUUAAUCACCCUGACAUCCAAACGAUUAUGGGCAACGAAGAGACAUUGAAGAAAUUUAAGCAGAGCCUUCCUCGUUGGAAGCAAAGCCUUGCAAACGCCGUGGCAAUCUCUCCCCUUCUGCUUAUUAUGGGACAAGGCAUGGGUCAGACGUUAAAUACGUCCCUUGCUUUGCAAGUUGGUGGAAGGCUGUCUUCGAUUGGAAAACCAGACCUCAUCGUACAAGUUGAGGAACUCCUUUGGCGUUGCAUUAUUGGUAUCGCUUGGGGUUCUUGGACGAGCGAGGUUGGAUUAACGGACUUCCUUGAAGCAAUCAGUCCACUAAUCAACAAUAUGAAACCUUUGAGGGAGAAGCAAUCAGGUGCCACGCCUUGGGAUGAAUUUGAUGGGGAGGACACGUGGUUCGAGCGUGCUAUUCACUUUAUCUGGCAGAAUGAUGUCGCAGGUUUGGGUGCGAGGGUGGGUGCUGAGAUGAUCAAAUGGCUCAGGAAAAGCAGGAAGGGCUGGAUUAAGCGAGGGGGUCGCAAGACGGAUCGAAUACGAGGAGAGAGAGCAAGAUCCCGCUCUCCCCAUAGAGUCGCACAGUUACAGUUAGAGACUCGAGGAAGGUCAUCAAGCCUCCCUCGGUUCCCUCCAUCUAAGGCUGCACCCUUCACGCCUGAAUCAAUACCCAGAAUUCAUCGAAUCUUAACCUAUCGAGUACACAAAUGGGGGCAUGAAAACUAUCCGAACUUCAGAGAACGACCCGAGUUGUCACCCCCGUGGUGCGAUGCACCAAUAAUGCCCCUUCCGACGGUUCAAGAUAUUGAUCCGAUAUCCGUGCAGGACAUCAUCAUAGGAGAGCUUCCUCCCGUUCGGAAGGAAAGCUCUCAAAACUUCUUUCCAUUAUCUCGACAACAAAAAAUCCUACAUGAACGAAGACUAACGCAAGACAUCCACUCAAACUGGCGGAAGUUAAUGUUGAUGGCACCAUCCAUAGGAAUGACUAUGGUUAUUCCAUCAGUCGCAGGGCGGAAAAGGGUGCAAUCCGAAGCUUUCGGCAAUACUGGGGACACUCUUUUGUUGAAAAAAACCAAGCUCGAUCGAGGUCUCUCUCGUUCUGGGGCAAAUAUUGUUUCUCCAAUCCUUUGGGAUCCGAAGAGAAAGGAGUACAUUUCUUGCGAUUUUUUUCCCUUGCUGUCCAAUGAGCUUGACGAUCGAAUCACCAUUCGCGGUUGGAAUGAUUGCAUUGUUAAUGACAAGACAGGUAGUCCCCGGUACAAGCCCGACACAGGAAAGGGCUUGGAAGAAUCAAUGAUCGUGACUCUGAGCUUUUCCAAUGCAAUGAAGAAUCCUAUGGCAACCCUGGAGACCUUCCGUAACUACCACAUAUUCCUUUAUGGCACAAAGACUUCACCUCUCACCUGGUCAUUGAACGACCUAUCUAAGGUUGGCAAUGUCGAUAUUGUCCGAGAGGUCCAAGAUCAUCAAAGGCGAAGCUCCGACCAGACAAAGGACUAUCUUCAUGUCAAUCUUUCCUUACGCGAAAUAUAUGAGGAAGGCCUGGAAGAUGAAGGACAUGUUUUAAACGCACUCUCUCUGCCCUGCAGCACUUCUGAAACUGGACACCCUUUACAAUCGAUUGUAUCAAGCCACAUCAGAGCCUUUGAGCAGACAUCUGACCUUCCAGAAGAUAUCUUCGACGCCAGUUAUCCAAUCUCAGCAACAAAUUUCUGGUUAGUCGCGACGAAAGGAGCGAUCAGUUAUAUUCAUUCUGAUUGUCACGGUGUUGGUACCUUCGUGGAAGUUCUUUGUGGGCGGAAGUUGUGGUAUGUGUUUCAGCGUCGUGGGAGUCGAAGACAAGACAGUUGUAUAGACGAGUAUAUGGGUGAUUGGGCACCUGGAUUUAUUCCGGAUCCUAGGGAAUGGGAGGCCGAAGUUGUUUUGCUGGAACCCGGCUCUGCCUUUUAUAUGCGUCCAGAUACUCAUCAUGCUGUUCUGAUGCUCGAGAACUGCAUUGUGAGGGGCGGUCAUUUCUAUUCCACCGUUACCCUUUCGAAAACCAUCUCGGGCUGGGUUCAUACGUGUAUGCUUGGGUACAGGAUCAUCAAUGUUGUACACCCGGAGCUUCAUCAGCUCCUCCUUCGUAUGAUGUGUUACUUUCACACCGUUAUUGGUGAGAAAGGUCCUGAAACUCAAGACACAGACAUUCCCAGUAUAACAAGAGAUGGACUGCUCGAACUCAUUGCGUUGGGAAAUCUGUGUAUAUUCGGAUCAGCCUUACUUCCUUGCAUCCUGCCAGACUCCGCCGACGCCACGAGGCCUGCAAUCACCAUGGCCGUAGGUGCCUACAUAUCCAUAAUCCGGCAUCUGCGGGUGGAUUUUGGUUUAGUUUUCCUUGCAGAAAAUAAUGCCGUCGAGCCCUCCAUCGAUUCCACCAUCCUUGUUGACGACAAAUUAAGCGUCUAUGCUCGGUUUCUCGACAUUGGGGAUUUUGCUAGAAGCUCCACAGCUCACUUUGGGCGUUCUUUGAUCUUCUAUGCUCGAAAGGCUUUAAGAGUACGCAAGGCUCAGGGAGAACAUGAAUCCCUCAUGUUUAAUUUUGAUUCAUUUCGUCAAGAUGUUGCAAAUUCGUUGGAGACCUUUUUGCAAAUGGAGCUGACCACCAACUUUCUCCAUGCGUACAAGCGACGGGUGGCACGUUUGCAUGUUAGGCCCAUAUUUUUGGUUCGCAAGAAAGUUGACCUCCUUGAUCCGGGUGCCUAUUUCGACUGGAAUACAGCCACCGAUUUUGAUUGCUCUGAUGUUGAAGAUGAUAUAGAUGAUAGUGAUGGAGAUGACCAUGAAUUAGGAAAGAAAGAGGAUGGCCACGGCGGAGAUGACAGUGGGUCAAAGGACGAUGAUACAGAGAAAAAGAAGGAUGCACCCAAGGAGCUUCAGGAAUCUGACGUCGAGUCAGAACCAAUGUCAGGUGAGGAUGAAUCUAUGCACUCGGAGUACACACCAAGCAAGUCCGUUCUAUAA